CAUUAAAGAUGAGAGGAUUGGGACUGGAAGAGCAUACGGCCGUCUUUCUCGUGUUGACGGCUAUUGCAGCUCCAGGGGGCAGGAUCUGUAGUCGUUGCUCUUUCUUACGACAGUCAUGUUUUUCGAAGGUUAUCAAACUGUGUCUCAGCGCUGCGUGCCUGUGCAGGGUUCUCGAGCGGUAGUGAUCAGACAGCGUCAAUGCCCCGUUGUUUCCACUAUCCCCCCUCCCAGUCUGCGAAAAUCGGCAUAUAUCCAUUGAUAAGGACAUGUAACCGAGUCAAUUACCUGCACAUCAAUGCCCACCAUGAGACCUCUCCGCCCACUCCCUCCCCGCCCACUCCCUCUCCGCCCACUCCCCGUCCCUCCUGUGCCUGUGGAGUCCCCUCCCUCUCCAACUUUCUCAUUUUACAAGCCCUGCGACGAUGAGGAAAUAAUUAUUGAAGACGAAUACACCAUCGACAUUGCUGCCGAGAGAAGGUUACUCAGGCGAAUGGACCUUCGUGUUGUUCCUACAUCCAUAUUGAUAAGCGCGCUCGGUUUCCUUGCGCGAUUCAACAUUGGCAAUGCUAGAAUUCUGAAGGAUGAUAACGACCAUUCCCUCCUCCGGAUUGCGGAUCUUACAGACCAUCAAUUCCUCAUCUUGCUCGUAGUUUUCCUCGUCCCGUUUACCGUGUUCGAGACCCCGUCCAACUAUAUGCUCAAACACUUCUCUCCGCCACAUUGGUUUGCAAUUCUCUUGCUCGGGUGGGGAGCAUCCACUAUGAUCAUGGCUGCAUCUCGGAGCUAUGGUACAUUAAUUGGCUUGCGCUUCUUGUUGAGCUCGUUCGAGGCAGGGUUCUUCCCAGGCAUGAUCUAUUUCCUUACGUUCUGGUAUCGACUCGAAGAACGCGGGCUCCGCUUAUCACUUAUUAUAGCAUCUGCGCCACUUGGAGGCGCUUUCGGCGGCAGCAUCGCAUACGGAGUAGAGUUUAUCAACGGCGCUCGAGGCCUGGAGGCUUGGCAAUGGUUAUUCAUCAUCGAAGGCGCACCAUCAUGCUUCCUCGCAAUAAUCGUGUACCUCUUCUUCCCUUCCUAUCCUGAGAGGGCAUCCUGGCUAUCAUCACGCGACCGUGACCUCGCUAUUGUCCGGCUGAACCAAGAGACGUCAAAGAGUCUAGGGCAUGCGAGGAUUACGUGGGAUGGCGCCAAGUCUACGAUAAAAGAUUGGCGGCUGUACCUGCAUUAUAUAGUGUUCACUGCGACGUCGGUGGCAUUCUCGAGUAUAUCGCUAUUUGCACCGACCAUUGUGGAUGGACUUGGGUACAGAGGGCUUGAUGCCCAGCUAUUCAUAGUUCCGCCCUUUGCGGUGGCGUUCGUCGUGACUGUGGCGAUGUCGUGGGCGGCGGAUAGGUAUAGGGCCUGGUCAAUGUGUGCGAUGGUAUCGAUGAUAUUGGCAGGGAUAACUUUUAUCAUUCAUGGUUCGCUACCACGAACGUCAUUCGAAGCGCGAUAUACAAUGCUCUGCCUAGGAACAAUGUUCUCCUAUGCUGGUAGUCCCUCGUUGCUAGCAUGGCUUACUGGCAAUCUGCGGGAUACAAAUGCGACGACGCUGGCUAUCCCGAUGAACGUGGCUUUUGGGGCGUCGGGGCAGAUGAUAGGAAUAUUCUUAUAUAGGUCAAAUGAAGCUCCUGGGUACCUGACUGGACAUUAUACGAAUGGGGCUGCACUAUUAGUAGGAGCAGUCGGUGUCGGAAUCUUGAGGGUCAUUUAUGCGAGGAGAAACCGAGAGCUGGGUGUCGGACAAAGUCCUUGGAUUGUGUAAUUGUACAUGUGGCACUGAAGGGAAAUAUCCAGUAGAUGAUCAGGUCUGUCUAGUCCCGGCUUCUAUCCUAUUAGUAUAUCAUACGCCAUGAACAAAGUGUUCAGGUUUUCAUCACACAAUGUGAUGGAAUAUAUAUAGCGAAAGACCUUUCGCCCUUUUCACAAUUUCUUGACAAUUUCUUUAGUUUUUAUCCUUAUUUGCC